CACAAUCACAUUUUGGUCUUACCAAAUCUGGUUAAAUUCACUGAAAUUUGCGAGAGUCGUGAUCAAAUCAAAUGGAUUAAGGAGAAAGCUUUAAAAUUGCAAGAGACAAUACCAAUGGAUGACACAAUUUCACAUCAGCACUUAAUCUACUUACUGUGCAAAACGCAGGCAAUGCUGAUCCCCACACUCGGUGAGUUGCAACAAUUGUGCCAGCUCAUUGGCAAUUAUUUGAAGAGUUCGCACAUCUUUAUACGAAAUGCAACACUGUCCGGUCUGCUGUGCCUGCUGGAGUGCUGCUCGAAGACCAAUACCACCAUUGGCAGGCUGAGUGAUGAGUUGGCUUUGCUGCGCGAGCUGAUUGUGGGCUACAUCAAUCGUCAUGGGAUUAUCGAUGUGAGCAUCAUGCAAUGCAGUGAUAUACAUACGAAACUGGUUUGGACUCUCAAUUAUUGUCUCAUCGAAUGGACAUCGAAAUUUGUGCCACAAUGUCACCUGCUGUCGAAUACAGUAAUUGCGGCUGGUAAUUUCCUCAGGAAGACCAAUAAUGAGGAUGUCUAUUUGUGUGUUUUGCAUGGACUCGAACGCAUGGUGGUGAUUAGCAAUGCAGGAGGCAAUGGGGGCAAUCACACGCACACAACCGGAACAAGCAUCGCUUCACCUGGCGUUGGCAUAGUAACGCCAUUAUUACGAAAUAAAAUCGAAAAAUUAGCUUUGGAAUUGGUGAAAUUGGAGAAUGAAAGAUUCUCAAUACCGGCGCUCCAACUGCUGCUCUCCUGUAUGUAUAUGGGCUCAGCUAAACAACUGGAAAACACGGAACUCUCCAACGGCAUUGUCCAAGACGAACCGGAGAUAAUCGCCCAGCAGACCGAUAAAGUCGAUAUACUGCUACAUUGUAUUAAAUCAUCAACGCGUGAUGCCGCUUGGAUUUAUGGACAAGUGCUGUGCCAAAUUAUACGUGAUUUAGUGCCACCAAAUGAAAUAUUGACGAAGGUCAUAAAAGAGUUUCUCGCUAUAAAUCAACCGCACUGCGAUGUUAUUGCAAUGAUUGUGUAUCAGGUUUUCCGUUGCGCCAUCGACUCAACAUUCUUGCAAGUGCUGCAAGACUGGCUCAUAUGCUCGCUGCCAACAUUUCUAGCCUUACCUGAGCAAAAAGGUGUCUGGUGUCUGAGCGUCAUCUUUUUAUCCGCUUCCAUAAAUCUGCAUUUGAUUAAACUAUUUCCGGUGCUGCUAAGUACCGGUGCAGCAGCAGCUGCCAGAGCGGCAGCAUCCACAUCAACAUCAUCAACUGGCGGCGGAGGUGAUGGCGGCGGCGCUGCUGGUCUUCACUCGACGGCGGCAUCAGUUGGUGGUGGAGGUGGUGUUGCUAGUGGUGGCCUUACAGACUUUGGCAUCGCUGGAGGCGACGGCGACGUUGGAGAGUUUCAUAAAUUGGGUCAACAUGAAAUUGCUUUGUUCGUGACAGCUGCUGUAGAUUUUCAUGCGAAAUUGAGUGUGGAGCAGCGGAUGCGUUUCCGUGAUGCUUUUGAGAAAUUCAAGCUCAGGCAUCGAGUUUAUGAUCAGCUGUUGCAGCAACUCUGAUUUACCUAAGCGUACAACAUACAAAUUAUCUAAUGUGUGUGUGCGUGUGUGUGUGUGUGUUUGUGUGUGUAUGUGUAUGUAUUUGUUGUUGUUGGUGUUGCCAGAGUAAUGGGCGUAUUAGAAGAAUUAUGGUUAAGCGACGACAGUCGUAAGAUGAUUUUUUUUGCAUGUGUGUGUGUGUGUGUGUGUGUGUGUGUGUGUGUGUGCAUAUAAAUUCUGCUACACUCUGCAACUCUUUAUCAACAUUUACUGUUAUUUGUUGUCGUUGUCGUUGUUGUUGUUGUUGUUGUUGCUGGCAACCUUUCGUAGAUGACUCAACCUAAUAGCAUACGCACAAACAUACACACGUGUAUAUAGAUAAGCAUUGUAAUGACGCUUUGAGUUGAAAGGUGCGGUACAACAACAAGAAUACCUUGGUUUUUGACUUUUAUGCAACAUUUAUUAGCUGCUCAACUGAUUUAUGCCGCAAGUAAAAGAUUUAUAUUUUGUUUUUUUUUUUUUUGUUUUUUGUUUGUCGGCCUGAUAUGAAAUGUGUUUAGAUUGAAAAAAAAAAUAAUAAUAAUAAUACCGUCGUCUAAGUUUAGAGUAAGGAAUUUAUAAAUCAGCUAAAUAAAAAAAAAAUUAAUUAUAAUAGAUUUUUAUCUAAUGUAGUUGUUUU